UACUUUUUGCCCGUCAUUGGUCAUAUAUUGCACCAGGCUGCAACACCCACAACAACAGAGUAUCCACCACCAUGUCUAUCAACGACUUUCUCGCAUCCUCGGACAUCACUUUGGCUAUCAACGCCUGUAAAGCGAAGGAUUCCUUUAGUCCCAAUAUGUUUUUCAAAACAGUGGGUUUAUCCAAGAAAACUCCAACAGAGAUCGACAGGGUCUUUAAGAUUUUGGACCAGGACAAAAGCGGCUUUAUAGAACAGGAUGAGUUACAACUGUUCUUGCGGAACUUCUCCAAAGGAGCGAGGCUCCUGACCGCAGCUGAGACCAGAGGUUUCCUGCUGGAGGGGGACUCGGACGGAGACGGGAAGAUUGGCCGGGAAGAGUUUUCUGCACUGGUCAGGUCUUCAUAAUCAUCUUGUUGGAUGGUGAAAAUCUCAGGGUGGACCUUUUUCAUCAUGUUUACUUGCUACAGUACAUUACUAGACUGAUACAGGGAUCUUGUGUUUGGAGUCGUUAGUUGUACUUUUUUUGGAAAGUUCUGCAAUAAAUCA